AUGCCGGAGGCCGUGCUGUCCCCUGGGAGCCUGAAGCAGCCCUGGUGUCUUGGUGGGCACAGGAGCCAUGAGGUUGUUUUGGGAGCAUCACUGGACAGAAGGGACAAGCUGGAUUCCUUGGACCCAAACAGGGGAGGGGAAGAUCUUCAAGUCCCAGACACCAGUCGCAGUGGCAAGAAGUGCCCCGCGGGCACUUACGUUGCAGAGCACAGCAAAGAGCCAAACGGCUCCAGCGAGUGUUUGCCGUGUAAAGAAGACGAAUACAUCGAAUACCCAAACGACUUCCCCAGGUGCCUCGGCUGCCGGAAGUGUAGGGGAGAUGAGGUGGAGCUGAGUCCCUGCCGAGCCGUCAGCAACACGCAGUGCGCCUGCAAGAACGGCACCUUCUGCUCCCCGGACCACCCCUGCGAGAUGUGCCAGAAGUGCCGGCCCCGGUGUCCCAAGGAUGAGGUGGAGCUGGCUCCCUGCACGCCGCACAGCGACCGCCGGUGUGGACCUCCCACCAGCACCACCUCCGACUCCUCUGGCACCUUGAUCGUGACCAGCGUGGUGGUGGUGGUGGUGGCAGCUGCGGUGCUGCUGGAGCUCUCCUUUUUCGCCUGGAAGUCCCGGUGCUGCCGUUCCCCAGGAGACAGGAGAGACCUGAGCGGGAAGUCCUGCAGCGUGGUGGACUACCUGGUGCGGCAGCUGACGAGGUACCGGAGGGGGGGCCAGGGGACGCAGGACAACAGGCACAACGAGCAGCUCUCCCGGGAUCAGCUGCUCCCCAGGGGGCCGGGUUCGGGGACUCACAACACCCCAGGGUCAGAGGUGAUGAGGCCAAGGACCUCGUAUCCCAGUGUGAAACCCAGGAGGAAUCUGGUUCCAGUGCAAGGAGAAGACCCCAUUAUGGUUUUGCGGCGCUCUUUUGACAUCUUUGCCCGAGAUGUGCCCUACAAGGACUGGAAGAGAUACGGCCGAGCCCUUGAUCUGCUGGAGAACGACAUUGCUCUGGCGGAGAUGAACGACAGGUAUUCGCUGGAGCCCUUCUUCCAGAUGCUCAACAUGUGGCAGAACAGACAAGGGAUGAAGGCGUCUGUGAACAUGCUGCUGGAGGCCCUGCACCAGAUCAACCUCGGAGGGAUUGCAGAGGACAUCUCCUCCAAGCUGGUCCAGCAGGGAUCUUUCCAAUACGAAGUGAGCUGA